AUGUGGUCCCCACCCUGUGUCCAUGUGACACAGUCCCCACAACCUGGUGCUCCAUGUAAGCGCCCAUGUGACACAGUCCCCACAACAUGUGUCCCCACAACCUGGUGCUCCAUGUACAGUCCCCACAACCCAGUCCAUUCCCCACAACCUGUGCUCCAUGUACACAGUCCCCAACCUGGUGCCCAUGUGACAGUCCCACAACCACUCCAUGUGUCCCCACAACCUGCCCAUGUGACACAGUCCCACAACCUGGUGCUCCAUGUAAUACAGUCCCUACAACCUUGUGCUCCAUGUGUCACAGUCCCCACAACCUGGUGCUCCAUUCCCCACAACCUGGUGCUCCAUGUGACACAGUCCCCACAACCUUGUGCUCCAUGUGACACAGUCCCCACAACCUGGUGCUCCAUCAAUCGCAGUUCCUACUACUUGGUACUCCUCUUCACAGCCCCUAUGAUGUCUUCACUGUUGGCAGUGUCUCUGGCACUUCUGGUGUAUACUAGAGUGUCCCUGACGGAGACCCCGCCCUCAGGCCCCGACGCACCGCCUUUCUCCCACAGCCCCGCGCCGGACAUCACCUCGUAUCUCUUCAUCUCUUCGCCCAAUAACCACCGGAAAUCCCUCCUUGUCCUCAAUGGGUCCUAUUCAGCCAUUAUGAGCACCUGCCUAGGGCCCACCAGAGACCCCCCAGGGGACUUUACAGACCUGUCUAGAACCCCUCGGGACUGCCUAGGACCUCCCAGGACCCUACAGACGCCCACAGCCACUCCCCCUGUAUCCUCCAGACACAUAGAUCCCUCCAGCACCCCCAGGAUCACACCGACGCCCCUGGACCCCCUCAGACACACCCCAGGACCCCACAGGACCCUCAGCACCCCCUCCACUCAGGAUCACACCAACGCCCCUGGGACCCUCAGACACAUCCCAGGACCCCACAGGAUCCCCCAGCACCCCCUUUGGUUCCCAUCGACGCCCCAGGACCCCUCAGACACACCCUCAGGAGCCACCCGGGACCAGCCUGUAUUUACAACCAGUUCAAUACCCAAAGAACUGAAUACACAAGUUACAGGCCCCAUUACAUACACCAAGACGGGGGUUAACGAGUCCGUGGGUAAGAGUCCAUUGGUGAGAGUCCUCGGGUAA